AUGGGGCUAGUAAGGUACUUGUGGGUCAUAAGGCAAAUGAGAAGGAAGAUGAGAAAUGAAGAAAGGGCCUUGUGCGAGGAGUGGGCUUGGCGAAAGGAGCAAAGAAUAAAGGAGGACGAAGAAAGGACAAAUAAGGAACGCGCACACAAGACGUGUAUGAUGGAAGAGAAAAGGAAGAAGGAAGCAAAAGAAACAAGGGAGAAAGAAAAAACUCACGAGGAAGAUGAGCGUCUCCGUCAAACCUUCAAAGAGAAAAAGAAGAAUGUUAAGUCUUUAACAGAGACGAAGACAAAGUUGGCGAAAAUCCAAACCUCCAAAAAGAAGAAACAAGAAAAGCUCACAGGCCUAAGUGAGCAAGUAGAUAGUGUGGCCGCAAGAUGUAAGGUGGCUAAGCAUGAAAAGGUAGAUUGCAUGGAUGUUGUGGUGGAAGAGCUUAACAGAGAAAUAGAAGGAAUGAGCCCAUUGGAACCAAGGCUAAGGCCUAAAGAACCAAGGCUAGUCAGCACCCAACUACCAAAGAAAAGCAAAAGCAAGGCGUGGACAUCUAGACCUGAGGAUGUCCAAAGAGGGAACUGUUAG